CAUAAAUUGACGUAGGAGGGCGGAAGUGACUCUAGAGGGUGAAGGACGGCUCUGGGAGCUGCUACUGCUGCCAUGGUCGGGCCUUUGUGCCGGCUGCGGUUGGUAGCGCACCUCUUUCGCCCUCGAGGUGCGACAGGAGUGGCUUCGGGGGCCCGGAGUGCAAGCACAGAGGCGCAUGCCCCAUUUCUUUACCGUCAAUUCCCAGUGAUUUCACGGUCCCAGAUAAUAAAGGCUGAACUGAUCAGUGGUUUCAUGUGGUUCUGGAUCCUGUGGAACUUUUGGCAUGACCCUGAUAUUGUGCUGGGCCACUUCCCUUAUCCAGAUGCUUCGAAGUGGACAGAUGAAGAACUGGGAAUCCCCUCUGAUGAUGAGUAGUCAACUUGAAUAAUUUGUUCAGAGUUUCUGAGAUCUGUGGAAAUGGAUGCUUCACUUCAUGUAAAAUUUUAAUUCAAAUUGUAAAUAAAAUGAAGAAAAUAUA